GAAGUAGUCGGGUACUAGUAACUGGUUGAUUACGGACAAAUCCAUGCUGUUACGUGUCCCACUAGCACUGAUGCCGUGAUGGCAUGUGACUGCAGCCACAACUGCUUUGAAAAGUUACUUCUGCCUGCGAAGCUGGCACUUGUAUUGGUGGGGGAAACCGUUGAAGACGAAAGGCGAUGGUUAUCAGUGUUUUAAAUUUUUCUUGUCUUUCUCUCAUGACUAUAACUUCUAGCUAUGGUGUAUCAUACUAAGUAUUGCCCGGUACGGCGGUAGCGGUGACACUAGUCACUAGUACAGUCUAAAGCAACCACGCAACGAUCCAGGUCUCGUGUCCUUCAACCCUUGCGACGUUCUUGCCCUUUGGGCUGACCCGGGAUUUCAAGGACCUCAAGAAUUGCGGCGGCGGCUCCUACAAUGGCGUCGGCACGGGCUAAAGCCGCCCAGGAGUCGCCGAAGAGUUUGAACGCGAAACUACGCGAGGAAAUCGAAAAGGACAGCAGAUUUCAAACAUGGCCGAUACAGGUGGAGAUGACGCUGCAUCUGGUGCUAAUCGGCAAUGUCCCGGAGAAUGUCAGGCGUGGUCUCGCUGUUGCUGACGUGUUUGCCGAGGGAAUAUCACCGGGUAUACUUCUGGGCAGUAAGGAGAGCCGUGCCUGCUCCUGUCUGUUGCUGGGUUUUGCUACUGACGAAGAGCAACGCAAAGCUCUAGACUACCUGAAGGGCCUGCAGAAGAGGAAAGUCAAGAAGGUUCUAAACACCAUCUCUGGCGAUUUGGACUUCAGCCAGUGUGUGGUCGAGGACUAUGGCUCUCAGAGAGUCGUGUGUCCUCCGGUUCCCGAGAUCUUUGCCAGCCCUCACUUCACCGAACCGUUCAGCUACUUUGAUGUUCCCCGACCACUGACUCUACAUGUGUGGGCUGUGGCUGUCGACGUGUUUGAUGACGAGAUUGCUCGCAACCCGGUGUUGCUGCAACGGCACUUCCAAGCCUUCUCCAAGAUGGUGGCAAUUGCCCACUUCUCACCCGCCAAGGUCGGAUCAUCCUCAACAAAAGCUACAGUCUACAUUCUCGACAAAUACAGUGUAGACUACUUGAAGAAGCUAGCUAAAAACCUGAAGGACUACCACUACUUUUCUGUUGUGUCCGUGAAGGAGGAGGAGAAGGUGCUGUCCGCGCUAUGUGCCGUGCAAGAUGUAUGCCUCACAAACUACCUACAGGUGGAUGGGGAUCGGGAGAUUCUAACAGCACCGGUCACGGUCCGGACGAAGGCUACCCGCCGCACUCACAUGAGACUAAUCUUCCAGAUACAAUCGCAAGACAAGUGGACCAUAGGAUGUGACAUGGACAACAUCAGGUUUUCUCCUAUACCUGCCGUCGCCAGGGACGACCGUGAUCGCCGCCGCCGAUACCAUAGUAAGAUGGUGAGUAUGCCAGGGCGCGACGUAUGCAACUUCUUACUCACAACGCAUCGGGCCGAGGCAGAGGCAUUGCUUGAGAGUUCAAACUGCCGCUUCCGGGAGCGCCGUGGAAAGUUUCAGAACAACUCCUUUGCUUACCAGCUGGCUGUGGUCGAAGCUGACACAGAGGAAGAAGCAGCGAAUGGCAAGGCAGCACUGGAACGACUGGCCCACGAUAUACUGCAGCAUCGUGUCUACAAGAGACUAGUCAUUAAGCCGCCCGAGCUCAACACCGUUAUCAGACUUCCUAAAACAAAGCUGAUGCAAGACAAAGAAACUGCUCGAAUUGUGAAGCCCCGCACCAGAGCAAUUGCAGACCAAGUUCCACUCUGCUUUGCAAAGUUGCAUCAGUUCACCAGAGGGGAGAGACAUGAACAGACCCUGACUCUGCAGCUCAACAAGCCCGUGUACAACGACCAAUUUGCAAUGGCUGAUGUAGAUGCAAUGGUCCUCUUCUCCAACUCAACACUGCUUCUUGCUGACGGCAUGGCACGUGACGUUAUCAACCACGGCGGGACUGGCAUUGCCGAUGAUUCACAAGCUUGGGUUGAGAGCAAUGGCGACGUAUUUACAACUGCACCAGCUCUGAGCAGCGGAAAGCUGCCUGCCCCGGUUCUCAUCCACUCCAACCCGAACUGUAUCAAGGGCGGAGAUAUGCGAGAAGGGCAGGUGUUCAAGACCGCUUUCUCAAAGCAACUCAAGCUCAUCUUCCAGACGGCAUCAGACGUCCAGGCAAAAUCCAUCGCCAUUCCAUUUCUCCCAAAGCCAGGACAAGACUAUCUGACGGCUAGAGAAUGGUUCCAGCUCAUAGGCCAAGGAGCCAUGGAAUGUCUGCGUAGCGGCACAAGCUUGGAGAGGAUCCUUUUCAACUAUUACACCCGGUCUUCCCGUGACCCGAUUGGUGAUUUGCAAUUCGCUCUGUCCGAUCUGAUGGAGGAGAACGUACCGACUGCACGCAAACGCAUCGGCAACGUUCUCUUCUCGCUGCAGACGGUGGUGGAUACACCAGCACCGCCUGUUGAAUGCUGUCCACCGUCGGCAUCUUUCCUGCUUGUCGCCGAGUCUUAUAAUGACUUGGAAACGGGGGAGGCAUGUCUGCAGCAGACGCUCCGCGGUGAACUGAUCAUUCAACGGCAUGAAUGCAAAGGACUGGAUGCCCACGACGUUGUGAUGAGGUGGAAAGAAUUGCUCAUGGACUUGAAGGUACACUGCAGCCUGACAGCCGAGGAAAGUGAGCGAGGAGCCAGCUGUCUGCUCUUGCGUGGUCAGAGGAAGAAUGUUGGUGAUGCCGCUAAGCUGUUGAAGGUGCUGAUUGCGGAUCUGAAAGGCAGUACAUCGGGAGUGAGCCUUGAAUAUCCAGCUGCGGCUGAAAGCUGUCAUGCUGCCACCGCCGCAGCCGCCAUACCAUGAGCACUGAACAGUAUUGGUGGACACAUACAUGUGUGUGUGUGUGUGUGCGUGUGCGUGGUGCGCGUAUGUAUGUGUGUGUGUGUGUGUGUGUGUGCGCCAUCGCUGUGGACCCUGCCCGAAUCGCCCUACAGUGACUGAUCGCCAGCACUUUGAACAUCAUUGCCGAGUCUGUAAUCGACGCCAGUUUCGGAGGCGACAGGACCUGGAGCGCCAUUUGAGGCACUACCUACCUCUCCCCUAACCUCUCUGACAGUACCUCCCUUCGGGGAGCGGCGUGGCCAUUUCUGGCAGCUGUCAAUAGUAGUAGUGAUGUGUGUGUGUGUGUGUGUGUGUGUGUGUGCGCGCUUGUGUAUGCAUGUGUGUGUGUGUGUGUGUGUGUGUGUGUGUGUGUGUGUGUGUGUGUGUGUGUGUGUGUGUGUGUGUGUGUGUGCAUGUGUGUGCGUACAUGAGCAUGAGUGGGUGUUCAGCAUAAUGCCUUCUCAAUAUCUUUAUAUCAUGCUUACAGUCUUCUCGUCCUGACUGUCUUAGUGUGUACGAUGACUCUCAUUUCUCUGCACUGUGUGACAGUGUAGUGCCUGGUAUAUGUCCAGCCGUUGAGGAUCAUUGAGGCAGUUUGUAUACGUGUACAUAAACCGGUUUCAUGUAAGCAGAAAGAGCAUGUUGUUGCACCUAGGCUCCGUAUAGUCAAAAGUUGACGCUUCGUUCAGUUCCUCCUCACCUUUAGUUAUGUACAUUUGUUACCAUUUUGCGUUACCAUCUAUGUGCGGUAGUUUUAUUGCGCUUGUAUCAUGAUGUAUGUGUCAUUAUAACACCUUUCUAUUACUCAACCUUAGUUGCAUUCGUUGUUAAUCCUUAGCUCCGUAUGAAUUCCACUGAUGAUAGGAGCGAGAACAUCGAUUCUGGAAAUUUACACGUCUAAACUCGA